AUGAAGAAAGUUAUAGAAUUUUCGAGAAAUAUUCAAAGAUACAACCAGGCUAAAUUAAGAUCAGAAGAAUACAUCCAUUUACGAGAUGCUAUCACCGGAAACAUCGAUGAAAAUUUAAACGCCAAUGACAUCGGAACUGCAUGUAUUUUACCUUCAAGCUACAUCGGCAGUCCACGGAGCAUGCAGGAAUACAUACAAGAUGCGAUGACUUAUGUACGUCAUUACGGUCGACCUGAUUUGUUUGUUACAUUUACGUUUUUUGGUAACACACGUUGCUGGCUGUAUUCUAUUGAGUGGCAAAAGCGAGGUUUGCCUCAUUCUCAUAUUUUGGUUUGGCUUGAAGAUAAAAUCCGUCCAGAAGAAAUUGACCAAAUAAUUUCUGCCGAAAUUCCGGAUCCACUAACUGACUCAGAAUUGUUCGAUAUUGUUACCAGUCACAUGAUCCACGGACCGUGUGGUGCUUUUAACAUGGCAUCACCAUGCAUGGAAGAAGGAAGGUGUAAGAAACGUUUCCCGAAACCCUUUACCAAUGAUACUAUUACGGAUAUCGAUGGUUAUCCAUUGUAUCGCCGCAGAGACCCUGAGCAUGGUGGUCACACAUUUACAAUUCGAAAGUCGAAUUCUAUAAAUGAAGUUGAAAUUGAUAAUCGGUGGGUAGUUCCGUACUCACCAUUGCUGUCAAAAGCGUAUAAGGUAGUGUUGGGAAAAAUCCGGAUUCAUGAAAUUCGAAAUCCGUAA